UCCACACGGAGAAGGGAAGGAAGAGGACACACCAUCGCCAACGCCAUCCGAGGAAGCGAAGAAACCUACGAGAGGGCGACGACGAGGUGGACGAUAAGAAAUACCACGACGACGACGUGAAUGAGGAGCAGCACUUGAAGAAGAAGAAACUACUUUCGGAAGAAGCAGCACCACCAUCUGCGUUGUCGUCGGAACACGAGAGAUCGGCACGAAUGGCGAUGCGAUGCACCGCGUUUACAUGCCGCCACUUGGCCCCUCCCAUCUGCCUGCUGCGUCCCCUUUUCUACUCCCCUGCCCCUGCUGUUGCUCCUUCUGCUCCCAUUGCUCAUUCCCCGCUUUUCCUAUCUUCUCAGCUCCGCGUCCAUCACCCUCACUUCGACAUCUCCCAGCUUGCCCGCACUCAGCGACAGAGGUUUAUCACCACGCGCGCAGCGUCUAGGAAGGACUCAUUUAGGAGCCCCACGAUGGCUUUGCUUCUUGAGAAGUUACAAAUUCAGCGAAACGGGGAUGCCAAAGAUGUCUUCGACGUGUAUGUCGUUGGAGACGAGAAGGCCCCUGGUGUUGUGGUAGUGCAGGAAUGGUGGGGCGUUGAUUUUGAAAUCAAGAACCACGCAAUGACUAUUGCGCAGAAGGGAUAUCGUGCUCUCAUUCCCGACUUGUACCGCGGAAAGGUUGGUUUGGAUGCAGCGGAGGCUCAGCACCUGAUGGAGGGUCUGGAUUGGCCUGGAGCUGUCGCUGAUAUAGCUGCCUCCGCCAAAUGGUUAAAAGAGCAUGGCUCUCCGAAGGUUGGAGUAGUGGGUUUCUGCAUGGGUGGAGCAUUGUCUAUUGCAAGUGCCGUCCGCGUCCCAGAAAUAGACGCCGCCGUUGCUUUCUACGGCAUUCCACCUCCCGAGCUUGCAGAUCCUACCCAGGCCAAGGCACCUGUGCAAGCUCACUUCGGACAAAAUGAUAAACUGAAGGGCUUUUCAGAUGCUGAGAGCGCAAAGGCAUUAGAGAAGCAGCUGCAGAAGUCGGGUGUGCCAAGUGAAGUGUACAUAUAUCCCAAUGUUUCUCAUGCAUUCAUGAACUCCUCCCCUGAAGGAGUUGAGCGGAAGAUCGAAACUGGCUUCGGUGAGCACCACCAAGAGGUGGUGGACAAGGCUUGGUCCCACUUCGAUGCCUGGUUUGGCAAGUACCUGAAGGCUUGAGGGAGCAUAGUUAGAAGGUGUUUCCAUUGUGUAAAGGUGGGGUAGGGUAGGCUGUUGUACGCAGCACACUGUCCAAAUCGUCUGAAGAUUCUGCAAAGAAUGGAAGCUGUAUAGUGUGCGGGACUCGGAAGUAAAUCGUUGGAUAACAGUGUUUAUCAUAUGGAAUGUAUUGAAUUCCCUGGUA